AUGUCAAAAGUAAGUGCAAAGGGAAGUCAUUUUGUCAGUGAGGUAAUUCUGUCACUGCAGUAUGAGGUGUCUCGCCUCAAGAGGGCGCUAGAGGAGAGCCUUGGUCAUCUGAGCAAGAGGACUGAUUAUCCCAGCAGCAGGUGUCAUUUGGAGAGGAAGCACAGGGGACAAACCAGAGGACAGAACAGAGCCACAUCCAGCAGACGUGUAAGAGACUUAAACCUUCAGAAGACUGAGGACUGGAUCUCUUCUGACAAAGAGCUCAUCAAGAGUAAAGUUUCAAAUGGUGAAGAUUCAGAUCACACUCUGAGUUUCCAGAGAGCCUUCAGUUCGUCUAAUGGACAAAUACAUGACUCCAGAGCCCUAUCAAGGGCCUCAGUGGAGCGGUUUCCUUUAGAAGUGUCACAGUUCGGUCAGUACGGUAGCCAUCGACGUGCCAGCGUUGGGCCAACAAUCCACAGCACUAAAACAGAGCCUGCAAACAAAAGUGCCAGCUACAGACCUGCAAUGGGAAACUUGGGGAGUAACUUCUUAAACAGCACAAAACUUGCCUCUUCUCUCCCUGCUCAUCCUUCCCAUAAGCCUCUGCUGCAGGUCAACUAUGGCCUCUCCUAUAGUCUACCUGCUGGAUUCAAAUUGCGAGAUCAAUCAUCAGAUCCAAUGUCCAGUAGGAGGCGCUCUAUUGAGUCGGACUCAGCUCUGCUUCCCAGUAACGUCUUCUUUCAGCGAACAUCACCGCGCACCAGUGCAAGGCGACAUCGCACCAGCAGAGAGGAAUCAAUACACAAGACGUUGGACAAGGCCUUACAGGCAGCCUUUCUGAUGAAGCAGACAACAGACAGGAUGGCGGACGCUCUUUCGGCUGAUCUGGCCAAGGCUCGGCUACAGAGGAAGUUACACGGUCUACAUCCUCUCAACAACAGAGCAGACACUUGACACUUAAGGCAGUUCAUGCUCUAUAGAAUAGACACAAUUUUACAUAAAAAUCGAGCUUUUAAAUGUGUUUAAUGGACCCUUUUCACAUUUCCAGGUUUCUCAGUAGCCAUCAAGGUUGGGUAAACUUAGAGCGCAGUGAAUGAGAGAGUACAACAAAUAAUUUUUUUAAUAACUCCACAAUGGUGUUAUCAAGACUUUCAGAAAAAGGAAAAACUGACUGAUAACGGCAGCCAGAAGAGAGAAUAACGUCAAAUUUACCAUCCUGCCCUAUAGACGCCGCAUUAGAAACACCUAAUUUUACUAUUUGUAAUUUGAAGCAAAGAUGAUAUAAUACACACAUAAAUACAUAUAAAUAUAAAUACAUUUUUUAAAAUCUAAAUAUUAAA